CCUUCCAGAUGGCGAAAAUGGUGAAGGUGGUGAACUCUUGCUUGGUACCACCGGCUCUCCCCACACCAAGGAGCCCCAUCUGGCUCUCCAAUCUCGACCUCUUCGCUGCACCCACACAUGUUCGUGUCGUCUGCUUCUUCCGCAACACUUCCUCUGAUCCCAGCUUUCCCUCGCCGGCAGCUUCCAUCAAAGCCUCCCUCGCCAGAGUCCUUGUCUCGUACUACCCAUUCGCCGGUCGCUUCGCCAAAUUAACCCAUGGCCGCCUUGAGAUCAGCUGCACCGGCAAAGGGGCUUUGUUCUUCGAGGCUGUCUCUAAUCUCACGCUGGAUGAGUUCGGAGUCUACAAACCUUCUCUUGACAACUGUCGCCUGCUCGUCCCGACCGAUGGGUUCAACGCAUUGGAGAGGAGUGGCGAUAGCAUUCCGAUACUCAUGGUCCAGCUCACCACGUUCAAAUGCGGCGGUCUCUGCCUCGGCACCGCCCUCCACCACCAAGCGAGUGAUGGCAUUGCUGCGACGAGGUUUAUGUGCGAUUGGGCAGACACCACCCGUGACCCGACCCGGCCCAUCCCAACCCCGUACAUCGAUCGCACCUCCCUCCGUGCGCGGUCUCCGCCAACGGUCCAAUUCCACCACCCUGAAUUUGACUUACGGGAACGGCCCGAGAAACAGGAGCCCGUCUCGUUCACUUUUCUUAAUGUCACAGCCGCCCAGCUCGUCGCCGUCAAGGCGGCGUGUGGCGACAAAUACACUUCCUUUGAGUCUAUGGCCGCUCAUAUUUGGCGAUGCACGUGCCUUGCCCGAGGCCCGGUCCGACUCGACGAGGAAAUUCGUCUUGUGACGACUGCCGACCUGCGCCGCCGCCUGAGCCAUACGAUUCCGAGCGACUUCGUCGGAAAUGCGAUUACAGUUACGGUGGCGAUUGCGCCUGCGGCGGAGGUGGCGUCGGGGCUCCGGGCGGCGAGGAUAAGGGAUGCGAUUGAGAAGCUGGAUGAAGAAUAUUUACGGUCUGUGGUGGAUUACCUGGAGCUCCAGGAGGAUAAGCGGCGGCUGGCUAGAUCUGCAGGGAACUUCGCUGCGACGGAUAUAUCGGUGGGAAGCUGGCAUAGGCUGCCGCUAAACGAGGUGGACUUCGGGUGGGGGCCGCCGGAGUUCAUGGGACCCGCGACCUUCAUCUACCCUCGACAGUUCCUUAUUUUGUCAAGCCCCGACGGCGGCGUCAAGGUUUGCUGUUCCUUGGAGACGGAGAAGAUGGAUUCCUUUGUCAAGUUGUUCCAUGAGUUGCUUCCAGUUCCAGCCGCUGUGGUUUAA